CUAGGCCAUGAAAACGCUUUCAGAAAUAAGAAUAUAGGAAGUCAAACGGCAAUUUAAACACGAGGUUCCGCUAUAAAAGGGAAAGCUCCUCCCACUCCCGAUCCCGAAUUUGCGAUUAUAAUCAUAACACUGCCAAGCUAGCAGUCACAAAUUAUAAUUCUCCUAUAAAAUUGUUUAUCUCUGAGCCUCAGUCGGCUGGAAUAAAACUAUUUUUGCACAAGACAGUUGCGUGUGUAAAGAGAUUGAUAAAUUAGUGAUUUGAUGUCCACUCACGUUUUCGGUGCAAAAUUUUAAAUUAUACGCUAUCCAUAAUCUAACGCAUCUGCAUAAAUUAUUAUUUCGCUGUGAUGAAAAUGUUUGUAUGUUAGAGUGCGCAAAGCUUGGUAUAACAUUAAUUUACUUUAUUAUAUCCGGUGGAAUGGCGCACCCUGAUUAGCUGUUGAGCGGUCCGGAUCCUCAUGUAAAGACCUCGGUCGUUAGAAAAAAUUUUCCGGACCGACGACUCUCACUCGAAAAAAUCAACAACACUGUAAUAGCAAGUUUUAGCCACUUUUCUGUAAGGAUGAGUUUCAAUAGUUAUAUUCAGACAGUGCGUUUAUUAAAUACUUAAGCUUACUUAUCUUAUUUAUUUUUUCCGUAAUAUAAUUUCCACUUUUGUUCACCUUUCUUCAACAGUUGCUUCUGAGAGUUUCGCUGAUGUUCGUGAAGAUUUUGUUCGCAAUGACCAUUCAGUGAAAUCUAGUUCGUAUCCCCACACAAUGCUUUUAAUCAUUCACAAAUGCAGAACUUCUUAUUAAAGACAUCCUCUGAAUUUUUACCAACAAUUUUGUGAAAUAAUUUAGUCCCAAUUGAUCGUCGCUUUCCACUCUAAUUGAUCGUAGAGAUGUUAUCAUUCACUUGAAUUCUCCACAGACAGUAAGAUAUAUUCACUAAAAUACUUCUCUUGAAAGAAGAUACACUAUGCAGGUAAAUUCCUCGAGUGAUUUGCCUUUAUUCCCGGUAUAUCCCCCCGUGACGAUAUUUGCUACCUUUUUUAUCGCAAAUAAAAUUUCAUCAAACUUGAAAUUGCCGAGCGCGUUGCAAGAGUUGCAAAAUCAUUAUGGCGGGAAAUUGUCAUGACACAGGUAGUUGGAAGACGAUUUUCCCUAAAGGAAAAAAAAAUAAAGAAAGGAUGUUUAAAUGUGUCGGUAAAAUCGGCGGAAAAAGCAAUUUUCUAUGGUCAUUUUACAAAUCGACAAAUCAAUUAUUUCGAGCUUUGGAGUUGAGCACUCGUGGCUUGUAAAUCCAGAAAGAAAGGGUUUCUUAUUUCAAUCAGCAGCAUAGCCUAGGUUUCCUUCCCGCGCAAAUAUUUUAAAAAGCCAUGUAAUAAAUAACUUAUUUACUUUGGUUUAGAAUAUGAAAUUUUAAUCUAUCGCUCAGAGCUAUUGUUCUGACAUGUUGACUCAUUGACGGCUGACAAGAGACCAUGAUGUAAGAGAACGAAUCCCCCAUAUUAGGGUAUGUUCAAAUGAUGACGUCCGUAAAAACUAUUUUUAGAACAAGCAGUUAUUUUUAGAUACGUCUCUGAUUGGUUAGCGCUCACGUUUCCUAGCAACAAGAGUCUUACGCGCGAUCACAUCUUGAGCAAUGUGAUCCGGCAAUAGGGACUUUAAGAACCGAAAACGCAGCGACGUGGAAAACCCCAGGACCGUCGGAGGCAUGGAGCGAGGACCGCGUCUCAAACGCGGGAAACUUGAAGUUUAGAUGCAACAGGCGACGCGCCCGCUACUUUACUUGUCAACAAAAAGCUGCUUUUCCGGUAGCUUCAAAAAAUGUCAAAAAACUCGUUUAAAGCUGUACAAGAAUCUUUGCUCUUCUCCCUGGAAGAACGAAUUAUAGACAAAGAGGAAUUUGCUGUCCUUUUCGAAGAAUACACGCCGCAAAACCUGCCUUUUUGCCACUGGGACUACGAAGAAUUUUGUCUGGAAAAUAAAGAUCCCGCUGAGUGCAAGGCCGACUUUAGAUUUGAAAAGAGAGAUAUUCCUUUGCUCGUAGAUGCUUUACAAAUGCCAGAUACGUUUACAUGUGUUAACGGCACGGUUUGUGAUGCAACAGAAGGGCUGUGUGUCGUGCUGAAGCGGUUUGCUUAUCCUUGCAGAUUGUCAGACAUGAUUUCCAUAUUCGGUAGAUCAGUGCCAGAGCUCAGCAUGAUUUGCAAUGAAGUGACUGAAUGGAUCUACAAUGCUCACCACCACCGUACAACAGAGUGGAACAACUUUAUCCUGUCCCCCAAUUCAUUGCAAACAUAUGCUGAUGCAAUUCACAACAAAGGUGCAGCCUUGGAUAAUUGCUUUGGCUUUGUAGAUGGGUCAGUUCGCCCAAUAACAAGACCAGGAUUGAAUCAGAGAGUUGUUUACAACGGACACAAGCGUGUACACGCUCUCAAAUACCAGUCUGUUGCAUUGCCCAAUGGGCUCAUCGGCCAACUAUUUAGACCAGUAGAGGGAAGGAUGCAUGAUGCAAGAAUGUUGGCAGUCUCAGGAUUGUACGACAGCUUGGCACAACAUGCUUUUUCUCCAGCUGGUCAAGAAAUGUGCAUCUAUGGGGAUCCAGCAUACCCCCUACACAAUUUUUCAAUUUAGCCUAAAUAGUUUUUUUUAUAAUUCAAGAAAAUUUAAGCUACCAAGGUUUCUCAAAAUAGGUUCUUGUAUCUUGAUAUUUGACUCAGAUGAAUAAAUUAAAUUUGCAAAAAAUAUGUCUAAAUAUCACCUUCUCAUACAAUACAGUGCAUUUAUUGUAAAACAGGUAACUAUGCUCUUGUAAAAUUUAAAAACUAGAAAGUAAACAGUUUCUUCAUGUCAUAUAUCAAAUACUUAUUUGUUCAACAUUUUCCCCAUUACUCCUAUGAACUGUUGCAUCAUGAGCAUUUGUUGCUGCUGGAGUUGCUGCUGCUGGAGUUGUUGCUGCUGGAGUUGCUGCUGCUGGAGUUGUUGCU